AUGGCCAAUCUCUCAGUCCCCAACAAUUACACCUUUUCCCCUUCGUCGGCAACCCACUUGACAAUCAACCACGAUGUGGCUGCCGAGUUGGACUCCACCUAUGCCUUUGAAGGUCCUGAAAAGCUGCUAGAGGUGUGGUUUGCGCCCAGUGCUUCGGCACUGCCCACUGGUGCCCGGCCCAAUGGUCUCAAGGCUGUGGCUGCUGAUACUUGGGUGUCCAUGCUUGACAUGGUCAACUGCAAGAUUCUCUCGGUUCUCGAGUCCGAGACUGUGGAUGCCUAUCUUCUCUCCGAGUCCAGCAUGUUCGUCUUCCCCCACAAGCUCAUCCUCAAGACUUGCGGCACCACCACCCUUCUCCUGGGACUCCAGCGCAUGCUCCACAUUGCUGCUGAACAUGCAGGCUUCACCUUUGACAACGCUGCGUCUGCCACCGAAAUCAAGGCCAUCGCCACUCCCUACCGCGUGUUUUACAGUCGCAAGAACUUUCUCUUCCCCGACAAGCAGCAUGGCCCUCACCGCAGCUGGAAGCAGGAGGUCAAGUACUUGGACGACAUGUUUGACGGCGGCAGUGCCUACAUGGUUGGAAAGAUGAACGGCGACCACUGGUAUCUCUACAUCACGACCCCGAACAAAUUGUUCACACCUCCUUUGACUCCUGACUCGGAGAGCAACGAGGUGGCUCCCACCAGCUUCUCAAUUCCCGCCAGCUUUGGCAAGAUGGGAUCCGUGGCAAAUGCCUCUGACGAGACGCUCGAGAUCUUGAUGACGGAUCUCGACCCGGAGAAUGCCAAGCAGUUUUACCUGUCACACGCGAGUGCGGUCGCGUGUGAUAAAAUGUCCGCCGAGGCCAAAAAGGCUCGCCAGGACGCUGCCGACAGCCUUGGCGGACUCUCGACUCCGCUCGAGGAGGUGGACGUCUUUGCCGAUGGCAUCGAGUCCGACUUGCACGAGCCGAGCGAGAAGCUCCACGAGAUUGAGGCCCUGACCACCGAGGGACACGCCCUGGGCACAGUCGUGACGGAGCAGUGCGGCCUCGCCGACGUGUACCCUACCUCGGUCUAUCCCGAUGCCCGCAUCGACUCGUACCUCUUCAGCCCAUGCGGCUUCUCGGCCAACGCCAUCAUCCCUCCCCCCUCUGCUCAGGACGAGACCCAGGGCGGCAACAACGCCGGGCACUACUUCAGCGUCCACGUCACCCCCGAGACGGGCUUCUCGUUUGCCUCGUUUGAGACAAACGUCCCAGGCGGCCAGAGCGGACGCACCACCGCCGAGAUCAUCGAGCACGUUGUCGAAAUCUUCAAGCCGGGCCGCUUCAGCGUCACCUUGUUCGAGGCCAAGGGCCGUGGCGACAACCCUUACGGCUUGGCCAACCCCGAUUCAAAGGGCGCUAUGGCGCUGCGAAUUGUUGAUUCCGUGCGCGGAUAUCGCCGCAUUGAUCGCAUCGUGCAUGAUUUCGAGGACUAUGAUCUUGUUUUCCGCUUUUAUGAGCGCGAGGGAUGGGCUGGAGACAAAAAGGCCCGUGUUGGCGAGGAGAUGUAA